AUGCAGGCCUCGCUUCCCUCGCGGCCGCGCACGCCCAGCGACUCCAACGGCAUCACCACCACCAGCACCAACACCACCACCACCGCCGCCAACGCCAACAAGCCCGCCGCGGGACCCCGACGGCCCUCGCUGGGCUUCCUGCGCCGCUCCAAGUCGACCGAGCACGUCACGGAGCGCAAGUCGUCCAACAAGAUCAGCAAGAAAAUGCUGCGCGAGCAGGCCAGGGAGGAAGAAGCGCGCCGCCAGCGAGAAGCCGCCGCUGUGUCGAAGCAUGCGCCGCGCCUGCCGGCCCUCUCGCCGACGCCGCAGCUGAACUCCUUCGGCGGCGAGCGGGCGGCCUCCUCGUACGGGCAGCAUCUCCAGCAUCUCCAGCAUCUCCAGCACCUCCAGCAGCCGCAGGCCAUGUCGACGAGCCAGCUGAGAUCCGUGAUGGACGCCCCGCCGGUUCCCCCGCUGCCGCCAGGCGCCAGAGCCGCCUUGUCCAGGGACCCAUACGCUGCCUCGGACAGCAUGACGCACCGUGGACGCUACAGCUAUGCCAGCAGCGCCGUGAGCACGAUCAACAGCCCCAGGCGGGUCAGGAGACGAAAGGACCCUACUCCGUACAAUAUCCUUGUGGUUGGGGGGAAGAACUGCGGCAAGACCUCGUUCCUCGAGUUCCUGCGCACCUCGCUGGCCCUGCCACCGAGCAAGCGGCCGACGAAGCCGGUGGAGGAAGAGGAGCCUCGUCCGCAGUCGCCCGGAACCCCAUUCACCUCCCACUAUCUCGAGUCCGAGAUCGACAAUGAACGCAUAGGGCUGACGCUGUGGGACUCGGAGGGCCUGCAGAAGAACAUCGUCGACCUGCAGCUGCGUGAGAUCACCGGCUUCCUGGAGAGCAAGUUCGAAGACACCUUUGCCGAGGAGAUGAAGGUCGUUCGUGCACCCGGUGUCCGUGACACCCACAUCCACUGCGCCUUUCUCAUCCUCGACCCGGUCAGGCUGGAUGCAAACAUCGAGGCGGCGAAGAAGGCCAUCACUCGAGGCCAGGCAAAGGAGGCCAGCCAGUACAUCGGCGGACUCGACGUCGAGCUGGACAUACAGGUUAUCCGCACGAUGCAGAGCAUGACCACCGUCAUCCCCAUCAUCAGCAAGGCCGACACCAUUACGUCUGCCCACAUGGCAUUCCUGAAGAAGACGGUCAGAAACAGCUUGAAGCAGGCCGGUAUCAACCCCUUGGAGGUGCUGGCGCUGGACGAGCAAGAAGACUCCGCCUCCGAGGAGUUUGACGAGCACGACGAAGACGAAUUGCUCAAACAGAUGGAAGAUCCGGCUGCUGAUAACGGCGGCAAGGAAGACGCUGGUGACAAUGCAGAGGAAGCACAGAAACAGAAGCCUGCCCGCGCAGCGGCUAAGGAGCCAGAAGAAGAAUCGGCCGCCGACCAGAUCUUCCCUCUCUCCAUCCUCUCCCCGGACCCUCACUCGCUGAACAACAAGAACGAAAAGGUCGGCCGUCGUUUCCCCUGGGGUUUCGCUGACCCGUACAACCCAGAGCACUGCGACUUUGUCAAACUGAAGGAUAACGUCUUCAGCGAGUGGCGAGGAGACCUGCGUGAAGCCAGCCGUGAAGUCUGGUAUGAGAGAUGGAGGACCACCCGUCUCAACCGAACAGCCAGAAAACAUCCCCAGCAGCGCCAGCUGCACCCCUAUCCCAACAGCGGACGAAUGACGAGGUGA